UAAUCUACAAAAUCUGUCUAUCGUCUCCGCCGCUCCUCUCUCUCUUGUAAACAAACAUAAACACAUAAUCCGAGGAACCAAGGGUACAUCUUCUGCGAAAUCAGCAUGAGAGCCAAGUGGAAGAAGAAGCGUAUGAGGAGAUUGAAGAGGAAGAGACGAAAGAUGAGACAGCGAUCUAAGUAGAUUCGGGAGUUGUUUUGUCUUUCUUCUGUUUAGAACCAACUCUUGUGAGAGUUUUGUUGGUUUUGCAUUUGCAUUUGAAUGUUUUGUUGGACCGAAUUGAAUCUAUGUUUUCUAUUAGAAUUAUGUUUAUGAGUUAUGACA